AUGUUGGCAGAAUUUAGAGCAAAACGAGAAACUGAAAGGAUUCGAGUUGAAGCUAAAUACCAAGUAUUAGGGUUUAUCAGUUCAGGUACUUAUGGAAGAGUUUAUAAAGCCAAGGCAAAAAAGACUGUAAAAAGCGCUGAUGGAGAAGAAAAAGAACUUGUAUAUGCGAUAAAGAAGUUCAAGCCAGAUAAAGAAGGUGAUACUCAUACAUAUACUGGAAUAUCACAGUCUGCAUGUCGAGAAAUAUCGUUAUGUCGAGAACUUCGACAUCAGAAUAUUGUUUCACUACAAGAAGUGUUGUUAGAAGAUAAUUCAAUUCAUAUGGUGUUUGCAUUUGCUGAACAUGAUUUUCUUGUAAAUAACCAACAUGAAAGAAAACCAAUUCCCGAGUUUACCAUAAAAUCGUUUUUAUGGCAAUUACUUAAUGGGGUGGCGUACCUCCAUGCAAAUUGGGUUUUGCAUAGGGAUUUAAAACCUGCAAAUAUUUUGGUGACUAAUGAUGGUGUUGUGAAAAUUGGGGACUUGGGUUUAGCAAGAAUUUAUGAGCGUCCUUUACAGCCGUUGUUUAAUGGUGACAAGGUUGUUGUAACUAUAUGGUAUAGGGCUCCUGAACUCUUGCUGGGGUCAAGACAUUACACAAAGGCUAUAGAUAUAUGGGCUAUUGGAUGCAUUUUUGCUGAGCUUUUAACGUUGAGACCUAUUUUUAAAGGUGAAGAAGCUAAAAUGGACAAUAAAAAGAACGUUCCCUUUCAGAAAAAUCAAUUGACAAAGAUUUUCGAAGUCUUGGGAAAACCAACAAAGGAUCAAUGGCCCACCAUUGAUCAACAGCCAGAGUACCAUAAUUUGAAUGCUUUUCGAUCAUCUCCAAAUCGACUUCACGAAUUUUAUCAAACAUGUUCAUCAAAGUCGGAUGCAGGUUUUGAGCUGCUGGCGGCAAUGUUAGGGUAUGAUCCAGUUAUGCGUAUCACUGCCGAAGAAGCUUUGCGUCACCCAUAUUUUGACGAAGAACCAGCACCGUCCAUGGAUUCAUUUGAAGGACAACCGUAUCAAUAUCCAUCACGGGUAGUUAAAAGUGAAGAUAAUGAUAUGAGAGUGCCACCAACAGUAACUUCAGCUGUGCAAGGCCAGGCCGGAGCUACGCACGGAGGAACAAGAGGGAAACAUGGACAUAAUGGAAAAGAUGAAGGAAGACCGCCAAAAAGGAGGGGAUAA